GAGAAAUAGGACACCGAGAAUCGUGGGAAGUUUAGCAAUGUACAGGAGUUUGUUUUAUUUAUAACUGUGGUUUGUGUUGAAGGAUUUCUAUUCUUGCGGAGGGAGAACAUGGUAACAUGGUAGCCAUAAUCUUUCAGAUAUUACUGUGUGCAAUAUACACCACAGCGUAUGACAAUUUAGCGUUAUGGAAACUCGCAUGGGUGCAACAUAACUUCCCUGGCAAAGAAGUGGACUGGGGAGCAGCGAAGGCUGUGGACGGACUGUAUAAUGAUCGCUCAGCAGGAGGAAACCAAUGUACUCUGUCUAACUUUGGUCAAACAACAACGACGUGGAGAGUGGACCUGGGGAGUGUGAUCAGGAUCAGUCACAUUAACAUCUACUACAGGACGGACAAUUCUCCAAGUCCCGGGGUGUAUAAUAAUCGAUUUGCCGGAUUUUUCCUUUACGUAUCCAACAGUACGACAAAGGAUGACGGUCAUCUUUGUUUCCAUGAAAUACAGAAUGUGAACGGUACACCAGUAGAGAACCAGACAAUAAGCUGUUCUGUUCAUGGACGAUAUGUCAUAUACUACAACGAGCGGAGGCCAGGUGUUACCUAUCCUAGUUAUUACUCACCAUACGCAUAUAAUGAACUAUGUGAAGUGGAGGUUUACGGAUGCUCUGACCCAACAUUUUAUGGAGUGAAAUGUGAUCAACAGUGUCCCGAUGAAUGUCAAGAAAAAAAAUGUGACGUCAUUACAGGCCACUGUCUGGGCUGUAUACCGGGAUAUCAAGGGUUUCGCUGUAGGCAGGCCUGCAAUAAAGGAUUGUUCGGCGCCAAUUGUCUUCAUGUCUGUGGACAUUGUGCAGGGAACGCAACAUGCGAUCACGUGAAUGGUUCAUGUCCCUCUGGGUAUUGUGCACCAGGAUGGAAACACUCAUCUAAUGGAAAAUGCGACCAAGAGUGUGAUGACGGGAAUUUUGGAUAUAAUUGUAUGUUGACUUGCAAUGGUCACUGCGCUGAUCGAUUGCCGUGCAGUAAAACAGACGGCGUGUGUCCCGGGGAAUGUAUGGAGGGAUGGACAAAUCCUUAUUGCAACGAAAAAUGCAGCCGACGAUCUUACGGGAAAGCUUGCAUGGAAAGGUGUGGUUAUUGUGCAAACAACGAACCGUGUAACCACAUCAACGGAACCUGUCCUGACUCAUGUGAACCGGGAUAUAAGGGAGAGAAAUGUGACGAAGAGGCUGACCCUAGAAUCUCUGGAUUUCUGUGUAAAUCGCUUUGUACUAAUGUGUGUAACGCGGUAUGUAAGAAGAAAAUCGGGAAUUAAGAAAAGAUCGUGAACUCUACAAACAGUAGCAUAGAUGUUUUAUGUUUUAUAACCAUAUUUAUAGUAUUUUGAUCACUGCAUGUGUAUAAAAUUAUUUGGAAUAUGUGUAACAUGGAUAUGAUCAUUACCAUUACCAAUACGUUUAAUUGUUAUUCAUUAUUAAACAGAUAGUAUGAAUGUA